AUGCGCUCUCUAGCCCUCGUUCUCACGAGCUUCAACCUCCUGCAAGUCGUCGUACGCUGUCAGGAAUUAUCGGUCAUCCGGCACUCCGAUGGAGAUAUUUUUACCAUCGAAGGCUCUUGUACGGAAGCCUGUACAGUGCUUAGCAGCGGCACCGCCAGUCCUUACUCCCGGGGCUCGUCGAGUUCGAGCCUGCUUGUGCCGAACAGUUCCUGCACGUGCCAGUGUAACUUCGACUUGCCUAUCUUUCGCGAGGAUCUUCACAUAUGCGUCAACGACAUCCACGAGUGCAACGUUGCUGGGUUUGUCAACAGCAACGGCCACGUGGAGAGAGUACCGUAUGUCUUCUUACCACAGCGAGGGCAGAUAAUAUAUCCUCACGCGGAGAUUCGCUUCGAAGGUGUGACCACUCCUGUAUGCGGUAUCGCCGGUGCCCAGCAAUUGGGCAGGGCGGGAUGGUCCGAGCUGAGGAAUCUCUCCGACACCGAGCCGCCCUUCAGACUGUUCCGAGACGAGGGCAGGACGUUCCUCCAGUGGAUUGGCGAGGCCGGGCUGAGAGAAGCAGCGGAAGGACGAGUCGUAACGGCCAAGCUUGUCUGCAGAGACGCGUCACCGAAGUCAACGUUCUCUGGGGUUUUCACACCUUGCGUGGCCUUUAGAGUGGCCGGCUCACCAUCGAAAAAUAGCGUACGAGAAGUAAUGUUCUCAUCGACAUCCCAAGUGUCGCAAGGUUUAUCAGCCACGGAAUACACCGCCAUUGGUCUCUCCUCGGUAAUCCUGGCUCUCAUAUACGUGGCCAGCGUAUCGUUAUAUUUGCACAGCAGAAGGGCGAAGAGAAAAUCCAUCGAGGAGGCGAACAUCACUCUCGACGGCGGUCGAGACGGCGGCGGUUUAGUGAAGAGUAAUCCGUUGUUGGCGGCCACGAGACACUUCGAGAGCGACACUAAUAGCGGUCUCACCGAGAGCGAUUUAGGCGAGGAUCUUCCUGCAAGCGACAACGAGCAGGGUUUCGAAAACCAGAUAACGUCCGCGCUCGUUCAUCCGCACUGCGUGCAUCUGGAGCAAUCGGAAGGGCCCUUCCCCGCGGGUUCCAUUCUGGGCGAGAGGCUACCGGAAGAGGAUGUACGGGUCGUGGAGACGGCUGACAAUCCCCAUCAGCAAGAUGUACCGGUUCUUCCAGGUGCUCAACGGAGGAAAUUGUACUUCAAUCCCGCGUACUUCGAUCGACAGCUAUUGCUGGCCCCACCUCCGGCUGCCAUCGAGUUCCUGCUCAAAAUCCGAGAAGUCAUCUCCAUCGCCAAGCACAAGAUGGCUGCAAAAAGAUUUGUUCCUACCCUUGUCGGUAUUCCGGAAGAGGAGAGCGCUUCCGAACGAUGCGAAUCGUCAAAAUCGAGCAGGUACCAGCAGAGAACAACCCCGAGCUCCGUUCAAGGCGGCUCGGUCGCGAAGUCACGCAGGUCCUCCCAACGGUGCACCGGAUGUCCCGGCUGCAGCAGCGAGUCCCCUCGACAGCUUACCGCUCUUCCCGUACCCGAUUUGCCCAGCCAUGGUGAGAGCAAGGUGCGCGCCUGGUUAGAAGACGUGCGGCCGCCGCAGCGUCGCUGGCGGGACGCCGAGGACACGCGCAGGAACUUCCAGGAGAACGCCCGAACGUUCGCUCGAAAUCUGGAGUACCUGAAGGAGCUGGCCAGACGCGACUUCGGCGAGCCGGACAAUCGCGCGAAUUUGGCCGGCAAGUCGGUGUCGUCGUGGAAGGACAAUCCGCCGAUGCUGAGGACCUUCCAGAAUAUCGCCGCCAGAAGCGAGAUUCUGGAGAACGACGAUCGCCACAGCGUGUCCAGGCGGUCGACCAGGUCCAUGUUCGAGGGAACCGAGCACGAGCGUUACGGCCGCGGUAAGCGGGCGAACGGUAGACCGUUCCAAAUCACCGCCGGCGACGACGCGAUAAACGCGAAAGUCCGCAAGGCCAUCGAGAAUUCCUUCAUUAAGCAGAUGGAGGAGAACGCGGUCAUGGAGAGCGAGACGAAAGAGAGCGUGAAAGACGAGAGGACGAGCAAGAGCGAAGAUGAGUCGGCGAAGACGGAGAAAUCAUCCAGUAACACGGACAAAUCGGAGAAGUCGCGAUCACAGCAAUCGUCGAGCAAUCCCGCGCCGAAAAGAUCGAGGAAGUCAAAGGCGCCGAGCGUGCCGACGCCGAAGAAGAAGGAACUCCCGGACAUGAUCAACGAGCUACCCGGCGCGAAGAACACCGCCAAGCGUAUUAUGGACGCCGUGAUACGCGAGAUGGUGGACGUGAAGGCGUUGGACCAUCAUCACGCUAAACCGACCGAUCGUACUACGGCGAUCGGCGAUUACGAGGUGGACAGUCUGGAACGUUCCAAGUGCAUUCGGAAGUCGUCGACGUCGCCGGACCAGUCGUCGACGGACAAUCAGUCGAGUCCGGCCAUGUCCACGGCGCUGCCGAUGGACGAGGAGCUAACGAUGCAAAAUGCCAUCAUCAACACGCGAACCGGCGAGAUGACGAUGUCGAAGCUCAGCAAUCAGAUUCUCGCCGAGAGGAAUUGCUACAGCAGUUUGCCGGAGCUGAUCAGCAGCCAGCGGUUGGAGACGUAUUCGCUGGUGAGCGAGGUCUACGUGAACGACGGCUACGCCAGUCCAGCCUGCAGCGACGACAGCGGCCCGGAGAUUCAAUACGAGCCGGAGAAUCCGGGUCAUCUAACGAUCAAGGUCCAGGACUCGCCGGAAAACUACGUGAAGCUCGACGAGUCCGAGUACGAGCCGGACACGUUGGACCGAAAGCCGAUGAAGCUGCGGAUCAAUGACGACAUGCAGUACAGCCGAGGGGAAAUUGCCAACGAGAUUUACGUGGACUCAUUGGAGCGACCGCCUCAGAUCCUUCUCAGGAGCAGAAGCAGUUUCCGCGACGAGAAUUCCACGUCGCCACGUAGCCACAACAGUUUACGGGAGAUCUACGAAGCGAAGAUCAAAUCGAGCUUGAAAGAGCCGCACAUGACGAACGGUCACGAUCCCGAAUGUCAAAUGAACGGCGAGUCCGACGGUAAUCACUCGUGGAAGAAAUGCAGGUACUUGACACCAGACAGAAGACAAGCGAAGAGGCAACGGCAGCCGCACAAUCAACCGGACGUGGUGCCGUUGCCGCCCACGGAGGAGGAGAUCUACCAGCGGCCGAAGCCACCGCGACGCGUCGAGGAAGUGAGAUUGCCGCCGUUAUCGCCGUCAAAAAACGUCUGGGACGGGAGUCCUGUCGGAGCGGGUGACCCUACGGCCAGCAACGGCGCUCCUGUCCCGAAAGCUGACGGAUACCAUGUAGGGGACCAGACCUGCCUCUGCGUGUCGCAGACUCAAGUCGACGCGACCAAGUACGAGGAGCAUCGCGAGAACGUUAUUCCCUUAACGGGAACGACGUUCUUCAGCGAGAGAAUAGGCGAGUGUACGGUGACGAACGGUUGCAGGGACUGCCCGUGCGAGACGCGGAUUGAAAUCGAGGUUCCUGAGGACAGGUACAGGUUCUACGGGUACGUUGGUUCCAACAAGGAGGAAGUCUCGGUGCGAGGGGCGAAGGUGACGCGGGAGAAGCGGUCGGUCACGGGCUCCGCUCAUCACAGAAGCUCUGCGAGGAGUUCGAAGACGCGAUCGUGGAGCGUCGAUCAUUGCCGGGAGGACGAGGAUAAGCUUCUCAACAACGGCAGAGCGCAUAACUGUUCCAAAACGAGACACCUGACGAAGGGUCUCUCGAAGAGCUGCGAUUCCAACUCGAACGUGCUGCCGUUGGUGGACAAUCGACGUGGUCACGUGAAGGUCGAGGACAGCGGUUACCUUAGUAGCACCGACAGCAACGGCUCGCACAAGCGGUUGCUGAAGCACGAGGUGAGCAGCGUGUCCGAGGAGACCGACGAGACCGAGUCGGUGUGCGACGGCGCCAGCGAGAGCGGCGCCGAGAGCGUCGGCACGGACAGCGUUUUCUUCGGUAACUUCCGCAGACUGUCAGAAAUCUCUAAGAGCGCCGAUUCCGGCGUGGAUCUGGGGGCGAAGAGUCCGUCGUAUUAUCAGCCGGCGUUCGGCGCGAGAACUGAGAGCGCGGUGGUUUUGGAGAGAGCGAAUUUCAGCACGAGCGACAGCGAAACCGAGAGUCUCGUCACCGUAUUGCCUCCUUGUAGCGGUCAGUGCGGCAAGUUGGUAUCGUAAGUGAUCAAAGUCUCCGAUCGAAGUAGAUGAUCUCUCUACGAAUCCUCCGGUAGGAUCUAUAAGGUACCAAUACUUAAUAUCUUAGUACCGAUGUUUUAGUCG